GGGGGUCGCGCCGGCGUGCCGUGGGGGGUCGUCUCGUUAUUUUCGAGCGCCACUCUGUCCUUUCAAUUCCGUGCCUUGACACUGCUACUACCACCUUGCCAUGUCUUACAAGUCCUCUGCUUUUCGAAACCAAACGACUGCCUCAGAGCCAGCGGGGGGCAAGUACGGAGCUCAGACAAAACAGCUUCGAGAGAUUUUCCCCGACUACUCUUCAGACGAUCUUCAUUCCAUCUUAGCAGAAGUCGGUGGCGAUCUUGACAUUGCUGUUACUCGAAUCACCGAAGGUCAUGCUGAGCAAUGGGGCUCUGUGAAAAGCAAAAAGGACAAAAAGACGUCUACCGCAGCUCACUCGAAGGACCCUUCCGUCUCUCGUGACCGGACAGAUUCUCGUGGCGGUCGUGGCGGUGGCAGUCGCGGUGGCCGCGGUGGUGCAACACGAGGAGGUUUCUCUCCGCGUGGCGGUCGUGGAUCAGCUCGAGGUGGGCCUGGGGUUAACGGUCAUUCACGCACCCCACGUCCACACACCCCGAAACCGUCCUCACCCGCUCCUGACACCACCGAUAAGGAUUGGACCUCUGCUACUGCUGCCGCUGACGUAGAUCAAUUUGCUGCACAAAUCACGGAGACUCCAGUUGCUCCCAUCGAGGAGCAAGGUUGGGCCGCUGGUGCUCAGAUCUCUUGGGGUGUUUCGCAAGAUACAGUCAAUGCGACAGUAAAGCCCGCGACUUCUGGCCCUCCAAAACCCACAAAGCCAGGCGAUUCUAAGCUCUCUUGGGCUCAAAUAGCAAAACCACAAGAGAAACCUCCCGUUCAGCCGCCUCCACCCGCUCCACCCGCUCCCUCUGCAAUUGAGGUUACGGAAACCACACCGGCACCUCCACCGGACGUGAUCGUCGAAUCCACGCACGAAGGAUGGGAAGAACCCACUACCGUUCAGCCUCCAGUUUGGGACGACGAACCACAGGUCAAACCACCGUCAGACGACGCCUGGACAUCAUCGUUACACCUACAACCAGAACCUCAUCAAGAGGAGCUGUCUGUCCCAACAUCCGAACCGGAACCCGUUCAAUCGACCAUACCACCUUGCGAAACCCCCCAGCUUCCUGAACAACCGGCCGUCGUCCCAACUCCUUCGAAGUCUCCAUCACCCGUUCCGCUCCGAUCGUCGAUCCAUCCCCACCGCAACGCCAGCAAGUACAAGACGACCGACCAAGCUGUCGUUAUGCCUACGUCGAGUCUCGCAUCUGGACUGGACAAGGUUGGCAUGCAGUUCGGCAGUCUGAGCAUUGGAGGUGACAUUAUCGAGUCUUCUCCUAUCGAACCUCCUGUGGAACCCACCCCACCCAAACCAAAAGAAUCACCUCAACGACCAAUCUCAGUUUUACCCCCUGUCCCCCAAUCGCCACACGACAUUGCACCAAGCACAUCUCCGACUCAAACGACCACGACGCUUUCGCCCACAGUGAGCCAACAGGCGUCCGUUCCUCCCCCAGCUCCCGCUCCGGCACUUGCACCUGCACCCGCACCUGCCUCUGCUCCUGCUCCUGCCCCUGCCCCUGCCUCUGCACCCGCACCCGCACCCGCACCCGCCUCCCUGCCAGUUACCUCAUCCGCUUCGACACAGCCUUCUCAGUCUCCUCUCACGACCUCUGUAUCCCACGCAUCGAUAUUGCCGUCUGUGGGUCAAUCAGUGGUGAACACUAACCAUACCUUACCGCAACAUCAACCCCAGCCAUCCACUCAACCACAACAGCCGCCAUCUCAACAACCACUGCAUUCUCUGGCCAUUCCACAUCAGCCCCAGCCCUCGGGACCUCUGUCACAACCGCUGCAGCAAGUUCCGACACAACAUCAAUUCUCGCAUCAUGGCUUCCCUGCGCAUUUCUCUGACCCUGCCGUGCAGCAAUCCGCCCAGACGGCUACGCAGAUCCAGAGUACGCAGCAACAACCUCAGCAACAGGUAUCCGCAACGUACUUCCGGCAGGCUGAGGCUCCUUACUUCCACACUCCAACGCCCCCUGCCAGUGGCCAAGAGUAUGCGAUAGGUGCCUUUGGUGGUCAGAUCGGGCAACAACACCCUGGGCAAGCUUCACACCUCGGCAAUUUCGGGAGUGGUGAUUAUGGAUAUGAGAGCGCAAGGGGAUUUUACGAAUCAUAUGGUCAAUCACCCGGUUUCAGCGGGGGUCGUAAUGUCCUUGGCCAUGAUGAUGUCAAGGGCCUUGCGGGCACCAACCAACUCCCCUCAGCCGGAGUCGGCGUGCUUCCACCUUCCUCCCAAUCGACUCAGCUGCCACCACAAGGCUCGGUCGCACCGCAGCCAUCGGCUGCUCAAGGUCCCCAGCAAUCUUACCCACCGCCUACGAUGCAGCCCUACUAUUACCCAUAUGCUCAGAACCAAUAUUACGGCUCUCCCUACAAUUCGGGUUAUGGUGUUCCACAACCGUUCGUCAAAUAUCCUGCCAUGUACCAACCACCUCCUGCUCAAAGCACUGGUACGGGCAAGCAAACUGGGGUACAACAAGAUCACUACGCCCGCGGACCUUACGGCAACCAGCAUCAACACCAACCAUAUGACGAACUGUACCAACAUCAGCAACACCACGCCCAGGGUGGCCUGACUGGGGAUUACAAACACCCACAGUUGUACAGCAACCAAGGGAUCCAAGGUUUUAUGGGACUCGGCCAAGGUGGCAACGCCCCGUCUGCGCAGACACUUGGGCAACGUGCUGGUGGUGGUUCUCCCGAAGCGCCAUACAAGCCGUAUUCGCAAAAUGUGGGGGCAAAGGAUGGUACACCCGGCGUCGGUGUGGGCGGUGUUGGUCAAAGCCAAGGCGGACGUGGCGGUGGUCAACAGAGUCAUGGCCAAGGCUUUUAUGGUGCUAACCGAUUCGGGUCGUCCGCCGGUGCUGGUGCCCCUCACGGCCAACACCAGCCAGGUGGACAGCAGGGUAGUGGUCCACAGGGACAUAUGAAUGUUGGCUACCCGCAAGGUAAUUCCGAUGGCAACUUUUAUCAGUACCGCCAGCAGGGGGGUUACUGGCAGUGAUUGAUUGAUUAGUGCUUUAUACUACGUCAUAUUUCCACGCAUUGUUGGGUUGUCUCGAUCGACGUGCUCACUCGUACUCAUCUGCUCUUAGCUAGUUGUCUACUC